CAGGUUUAUAACCUGGGAAAAGCUGCUCUCAGAGCGGAGGGAGCCCAUGUAACUCUGGGACUCUGCCGUACCUCCUGAGGAACAGAGCGCCUCUCAGGCAGAGACUGAUGCAAAUGCGGGUCGGCGGGUCACGGUCGUGCCUGUCUUGCUGAUGCUCAUGGGAAAUGUAGUUCAAAGGGCGUGGGCGGUGCCUUCGGUGCAGGCGAGAGAUUGGUCAGCGCGGCGGCGCCACAUCCGGGAAGCGGCCCCCAAGCAACGGCUCCGGGUUGAGGUGAGCGCAGGCUGCCAGAGUGGGCGCAGCCUUUCCACCCCGUGGGAGGGCUUGGGGCCGCCCUCUGGGGCCUGAGCGGCUCCUGCUGUCGGCGCCCUGGAGGGCCCGCCCGCCCCCUUCCCGACAGGCCGCGCGCGUCACCUCAGCCUUCGCUCAGGCCUUUCCUCCCCUCAACGCCGUUCCGGGGGGCCGGGCCAAGCACGUCCUCUUGGAACGCCUCCCUCUUGCCUUCCCCUUUUGGGGACAGAUCCCGAAGUUCGAGCAUCCCUCGGAGAGGCCGGGUGUCAGGCCUGGUCUCAGGCCCGUCCAGGCCCAUUCUGACGAUUCCAAGACCACCCCCUUGAGCAAGAAUGCCAUCCCCUCUGGGUCCCCCAUGCCUGCCCCUCAUGGACCCAGAGACCACCCUUGAGGAGCCUGAGACUGCCCGCCUCCGCUUCCGAGGGUUCUGCUACCAGGAGGUGGCAGGUCCCCGAGAGGCCCUGGCCCAGCUGCGUGAGCUGUGUCGCCAGUGGCUGCAGCCUGAGGCACACUCCAAGGAGCAGAUGCUGGAGAUGCUGGUGCUGGAGCAGUUCCUGGGCACACUGCCUCCCGAGAUCCAGGCCUGGGUGCGCGGUCAGCGGCCAGGCAGUCCUGAGGAGGCCGCUGCCCUAGUCGAAGGACUGCAGCAUGACCCUGGGCAACUGUUGGGCUGGAUCACAGCCCAUGUCCUGAAGCGGGAGGUGCUCCCUGCAGCCCAGAAGACAGAGGAACCACUGGGGAGCCCCCACCCCUCAGGGACAGUGGAGUCCCCUGGGGAGGGUCCCCAGGACACCAGAAUAGAGGGGUCUGUCCAGCUCAGCUGCAGUGUGAAGGAGGAGCCCAAUGUCGAUGGACAGGAAGUGGCACCCUCCAGCCCUCCACUUGCAGCGCAGUCCCCUGAGGGGCACCAUGGACACCAAGAACCAGCCUCCACAUCCUUCCACCCACCCAGGAUGCAGGAGGAGUGGGGGCUGCUGGACCGGUCACAGAAGGAACUGUACUGGGACGCGAUGCUGGAGAAGUACGGCACGGUGGUCUCCCUGGGUGAGGACCAGCCAGCCCCACCCCGCCCCUCUCCUUGGGGCCUACACCCACCCUGCAGCAGGCCUAGCUGGGCAGGGCCUCUGUGCUACCAGCCCUACCCAGCUCUCCCACCUUCCAGAGGAACACCCUGUCACCUACCAGAACCGACCCCACCCCUCCUUCAUGCAAACCCCACGCCUAACUGUGCCCCCCACCUGGGCAGGGUUACCGCCCCACCAGCCAGAGGCACAAGCCCAGUCAGAGCUGGGGAUGCUGCUCACGGGGACAGGCGUCUGCAGAAGCCUGCACUCGGGGACACCACCAGUGCCCACUCAGCUCACACCUGCAGAGACGAGACUGGAGCCGGCUGCCACCCCCAGGAAGCCCUACACGUGCGAGCAGUGUGGCCGCGGCUUCGACUGGAAGUCAGUGUUCGUCAUCCACCACCGGACACACACGAGUGGGCCAGGUGCGCAGUCCCCAGGGCUAGCCACCGGGGAAGGCACAGAGAAGCCACUACAAGGGGAGCUGGCCUUUCCGCGCCACCCCCGACGUUCACUCACAGGCCCCCGGAGCUACCCGUGCGAGGAGUGCGGGUGCAGCUUCAGCUGGAAGUCGCAGCUGGUCAUCCACCGCAAGAGCCACACAGGCCAGCGGCGCCACUUCUGCAGUGACUGUGGCCGCGCCUUCGACUGGAAGUCUCAGCUGGUCAUCCAUCGCAAGGGCCACCGGCCGGAGGCUCCAUGAGCAGCCAGACAGCACAGUCCCUCGGUGUUCUCGGGGCCUCAGUGUUCUCGGGGCCUGGAUGCAGCCUCUGGGGCACCAGCAGAAGACUCUGGAGGCAGCAGGGGAUGCCAGAGUGAACAAGGGGUCCCAAGCCAGUUCCCUGCCCCUGGUCUGGUCUCCCCCAAAAGACCUGGGUGCAAGGAAAAGGAGCUGCUCCCUCUCUUCUUGCCCCUGCCUCCUAGAGGGAGGUCUGGGUUCCCUUCUAUGGCUGACCAGUGCCUGUGGGGUGACUGCCAAGCACCAGGCUCCCUCCCUCCCCGUGACAUGGCCUGGGCUGACAACACUCCCUCUCCUGGGACCUCCUUGCCUCAGGUGGGUGUUCAAAAACUGUGCCUUCCCACCCGUCUGUGCAGAGGCUGGGCCUGAGGUCUCAGCGUGGAGAGCAGAAGACCCAGGAAAGCACAGUUGGCUUCUGUUUCUCCUGCUCCAUGUGUGUGUUAGAAUUUUAACAUAAAUUCCACUUUCAUAAUACAGAGUUUCUGAAUAAGAAUCCUGAUGUUCUGGCUUCUGCUGGUCGGGAAA